UCACAAGUUGCACCACCACAUGUUGUCCGUCUCUCCGUCUUCCCUCCGUUCUUCUUCUGAAACUCAAACCCAAACCCUAGCAAUAGCAGUAGCAGUAGCAUAUGAGAGAAGCACAAGCAGAAGCACAAGCUCCACGCUCAACAUGCAAGAUGCAGGAUCAAUGAGUCGGGGUCAGAUUUAUGCUCUUGUAAGCGCAAUUCAACCUUGGGUUAUUUGGCUAAUCACAACGACAACUUUACAAUUGGCAUCACCAAACACCAAAGGCUAAGUGCAGGCAAAUUCAUACAUCUGUAUACACGCAUGUAUAUUGUACACAACACAAACGAAACAAGGGUUUAGUAGAUUUAUAGGGUUUGAAACGAUGUCGCAAGCGACAAGGGAAAGGGGUGGUAAAUCUAGAUCAGGAGGUCGAGGUUGGGCUGCCUUCGACCGUGAGCAGCGACUGAAAGGACAUGGUCUUCUUGAAAGCAAGCUCGUGGAGGACCCUUUCCCAGCCUUAGCACCUUCCAUUUCCAAACCGAAUAGAAGUACGAGUACAGGUACGAGUACGAGUACUAGUACUAGUAAUGACGAGAAUAACAACAUAGCGGCAGCUGUGGACGAGCACAUUGGUAUGUUGCAAUCAACGCGUCUUGAUCACAAUAUUAGUUAUAUGACUAUGAAUGCAAAUGACCAAAAUAAGAAACACUACCACCGCCGUGUUGGUUCUAGUUCUAGUCUUGCUGAAUCAGCCGAAGAAAAAUUGCGUUCAUGUGAUUCUGGUGCUUGCAAAGCAGUUCCUGCCGAUAUUCCAGUGAGUGCAAUGGUGGAAGGAUUUAAGGAUGUACCUGUUGAGCCUGAGUGGGAAGAAGAUGAUGUUUACUUGAGGCAUCGGAAAGAGGCCUUGAGGACAAUGAGGUCAGCAUCGCAACAUUCGAAGGUGGCUACGCGUGCAUAUCUAAGAGGAGAUCAUGUUUCUGCCCACCAACACUCUCUUAUGGCUCAUCACGAGUGGUUGGCUGCUCAAACCCUCAAUGUAAAGGCAGCCAAGGAUAUUCUAAGCAUUAGGAACAGCCAAAAUGAUGUGUGGAAAUUGGAUUUACACGGCCUUCAUGCCGCUGAAGCUAUUCAAGUUUUGCAACAUCAUCUUCACAACAUCGAAACUAAGCUACUGUGUAAUCGCUCCGUCUCUCCCAACAGCCUUAAGAUGGAGGCCAGAAUCGUGCGCUCUAACUCCCUCGAAUCAUUUGAUUGUUUUGACGCUCAAAACUUGGAUAAACAACAUCAGGCAUCCUUGAAGCAGAGACCAACAUCCUUGCAAGUCAUAACAGGAGUGGGUAAUCACAGUAGAGGAAAAGCUUCUCUUCCAGCAGCAGUCAGAGGGUUCCUCGACGAAAACGGGUAUCGUUUUGAGGAGUUAAAGCCAGGAGUACUUAUGGUUCGACCUAAAUUCCGUUUACUGACUUAACUUUAUACUCUUAGGGCAUGUUUACUUUGCAUCAAAGGAAAGGAAAAGAAAAGUAAGGCGUGAUUCUCUCUCCCGUCUAAUAAUGUGUUUACUUACAAAAUGAGUAAUGGAGAUUUAGUGGGUUCCACACAAUAUAAGGAAUGAGAAAAAGUAAUACUAAUCUUUGCACUCCCUUUAGUAAUGGAGAUUAUUUAAUUGUGUAAGAGGACAUUUUAGUGAUUAUAUU